CUCUUCUCACUGAUGGAGAUGAAACCUCCUAUUUCCCGAGCAAAGAUGAUUCUCAUCACAAAAGCUGCCAUUAAAGCUAUUAAGCUCUACAAGCACGUUGUCCAGAUUGUGGAGAAGUUUAUCAAAAAGUGCAAGCCGGAGUACAAAGUGCCGGGCCUGUACGUCAUCGACUCCAUCGUGCGGCAGUCCCGGCACCAGUUCGGCACCGACAAGGACGUCUUUGGGCCCAGGUUCUCCAAGAACAUCACUGCCACAUUCCAGUAUUUGUAUCUGUGUCCAUCUGAAGACAAGAGUAAAAUAGUUCGUGUUCUGAACCUCUGGCAGAAAAAUGGAGUAUUUAAAAUUGAAAUCAUUCAGCCUCUCUUGGAUAUGGCAGCAGGAACCAGUGCCACUGCACCCAUGGCAGAGAAUGCUACUAACAAUGAAGGCCUUCGCAGCCGUGGCCCAGCUGUUCCAGACAACGCAGGGACAGCAGCUGCAGCAAAUCCUGCAGACCUUCCAGCAGCCUCAGAAGCCCCAGUCACCGGUCAUAGACAACACUGUGAUGGCUCAGGUUCAAGCUAUUACUGCUCAGCUAAAAACCACAGCAGCACAGCCCCCAGAGCAGAAAGCUGCUUUCACAGCACCUGAGCAGAAAACAUCAUUUGACAAAAAGCUGCUAGAUCGGUUUGACUACGAUGAUGAACCAGAAGCUGUGGAAGAUUCUAAGAAAGAAGAUUCAGCUCCUUCCCCUGCAGUGUCUCAGCCAGCUUUGACCUCUCUCUCAUUCAGUGCACAGGCUGGAUGGUGCUCAAUGCCGGGUGGGUUUCCAGGAGAAGGCAUGCAACAGCCAGUGUUUCCUCAGCUCCCCAACAUGGAUCCAUUUCAGCAGCGGAUGAUGGGGAUGCAGCAGGAUCCGAUGCGGCACCAGGUGCCUCUUCCUCCGAAUGGGCAGAUGCCAGGCUUUGGUCUCCUGCCUACCCCCCAGUUCCCACCCAUGGCUCAGCCAGUGAUGCCUCCAGCAGCACCAGUGCAGCCAACUUUCCAGUCUCCCUUCCCAGUGCAGGCUGAGCCACACCUGCAGAAACCCCACCAGCAGGAUAUGGAAGUGGAACAGCCUCCCAUUCAGGAGGGAAAACGGCAUGUUUCUGACAGUAGGAAAUCAAGAUCUAGAUCUGCAUCAAGGUCCCCCAAGAGGAGACGCUCGCAGUCGGGCUCGCGCUCGCAGGAGCGGCGCGAGCGCGAGCGGGAGAAGGAGCGCCGCUCCAAGGGGCUGCCCCAGAUCAAGGCAGAGACUGUCAGUGUUUGCAGUACCACACUCUGGGUGGGACAGCUGGACAAAAGGACAACUCAGCAGGAUGUGGGAAGUCUCCUGGAGGAGUUUGGCCCCAUUGAGUCCAUCAAUAUGAUACCGCCCAGAGGAUGUGCCUACAUUGUCAUGGUGCACAGACAAGAUGCCAACAGAGCCCUGCAGAAACUGAGCCGAGGCAACUUCAAAGUCAACCAGAAAUCCAUCAAGAUUGCCUGGGCUCUGAAUAAAGGAAUAAAGCCAGACUACAAGCAGUAUUGGGAUGUAGAACUGGGUGUGACUUACAUACCAUGGGACAAAGUCAAACCUGAAGAUCUGGAAAGUUUCUGUGAAGGAGGAAUGCUGGACAACGAGACCCUUAGUCCAGAGUGGAAGGGAAUUCCCAAGAAGUCAGAGAAUGAAGUGGCUCAGAAUGGAGGUGCAGAAGCUGCCCACAAUGAACCAGUGUCACCCAUUCCCAAAGCUUUACCUGUCCCAAUUCCUGUUCCCAUGCCUGCACCAAUAACAGUACCUCCUCCACAGGUUCCCCCCCAUCCAUCAGGGCCCCCCGUGGUUGGUGCACUCCAGCCCCCAGCUUUCACAGCACCUUUAGGAAUUCCCCCUCCUGGAUUUGCCCCCGGGGUGCCGCCGCCGCCGCCGCCUCCGUUCCUCCGGCCGGGCUUCAACCCGCUGCAUUUACCUCCAGGGUUCCUUCCUCCCGGGCCGCCGCCUCCCAUAACCCCUCCGGUCUCUGUCCCGCACACUCCGGCAGUGAACAUCCCGAACUCUACAGCCACUGGUGGGAGCGAGGACACUACAAAGGAGUCGUCCGUAGGAAAUCCCAUCCCAACAGUAGUGUCUGGAGGCAGAGGGAAUGCUGAAAGUACUGACACUUCCAAACUCUAUGGCACUGUCCCACCUCCUGUAGCUCCUACCAACGUCCCUGCUCCUGUCACCCAGGCUGUUCCACUCCUUGGUAAGUGCCCUCCUGUAAACUGGGAUAUUGUUCUGGACAGUUCUUUAGGAUUUGAGUUGGUGCCUGAUUUGUCAGGAGACCCCGAGCGCGACCGGCACAGGGACUCGGAGGACAGGAACAGGCGCUCCAGCGGCCACCGAGACAGGGAGAGGGAUUCCAGGGAUCGGGAGUCGCGCAGAGACAAGGAGGAGAGCCGCGGCAAGGAGAAGGCGGAGGUGACAGACAGGGCGGAGGGCGACAAAAACCACGAGUCGCACGGCGGCAAAACGGAGGGCGCGGAACUUGUUUCAGAACUGGCUGCGGGAGACGCCGAGCCCGCAGGCGCCAGCGCCGCGCCGGAGUCAGCGCCCGAGGCUACCUCAUCCCUGGAACAGGCGGACAAGGACACGGGCUCGGCGGCCGAGGCGCCGCGCUAGGGCCGCCCGGGCCGCGGAGCCCGGCGGGGCUUGUACAGUGCUGUAAAUCCGCUUCCGCCCUGCGCCCCGAGGCGGGGCGCCGUGAGCAAUUUGAUUGCUUCCCUUCUAUUUAAAAUAGCCACAACAUAACAUAAAAUACUGAAGAGAUGAUUAAAAUAUUACCCAUUUUUGCUGUAACUUUUUUAAAGUUUUGACUUUAAAAAGUUUACGAAUCAGAAGUAGAAGUGCUUUCUAUUUUUUUUUUAAUUUAAGAAAAGGUAACGGUGAAAGCUCCUCAAAACAAUAGGGAUGUGUUUUUAAUAAACUCUAUUUUCGUAACAAAC